AACGUAGUAAGGUAGUACCUAAGGUACAUGUACCUCUGAUGUAACUAAUAAUAAAGCGGGACUCAACUCCCGAUAAGUCAUCACCAGCUCAAGAUCCAAGUCCAAAGCAACAACCUUUAACUCUUUCUCAAUUAGCUCUUUUCCCUGUUCAUUUCGAAUUGUAGCUCUAGUAGCUCACAGUACCACCGUGCGAUAACUACCUCUACCUUAGGUAGCUUCAUUAGAAAAACUUAACAUCUCGUAACCCAAAUAUCGAACUCGAACCGUAGCUAAGAGAAUACAAUACCUACAACCAUGUCUGGAUCUGCGGAUCGAGAGACCGUCUUCCCGACGCGCCAGUCGCUAGGUAUCAUGAAGGCGAAGCUCAAAGGUGCCGAGACGGGUCACAGUUUACUGAAGCGGAAGAGCGAGGCCCUUACCAAACGUUUCCGAGAAAUCACCAAGCGAAUCGACGAGGCGAAGCGCAAGAUGGGCCGGGUCAUGCAGAUCGCGGCCUUCUCCCUGGCGGAGGUCACGUACGCCGUCGGAGGCGACAUCGGGUACCAAGUGCAAGAAUCCGCUCGGUCGGCCCGCUUCCGGCUGCGCACCAAGCAGGACAACGUCUCGGGCGUCCUACUACCCGCUUUCGAAAGCUAUCUGACCGAGGGCAACGACGACUUCGGCCUGACGGGCCUGGGCAAAGGCGGACAGCAGGUCCAGAGGUGCAGGGAGACGUACGCGCGCGCCGUCGAGACGCUCGUCGAGCUGGCUAGUCUGCAGACUGCUUUCGUCAUCUUGGACGAGGUCAUCAAGGUCGUGAACCGAAGAGUGAACGCCAUAGAGCACGUCAUCAUCCCCAGGACAGAAAACACCAUCAAAUACAUCAACUCGGAACUCGACGAGCUGGACAGGGAGGAAUUCUAUAGGCUGAAGAAGGUGGCCGGCAAGAAGCAGCGCGAUACCGCCGCCGCGGACGCCGAGAUGAAGGCCAAGAAAGAAGCGCAGGCGAAACCAGACGACCACGCGGCGAAGGCCCAGUCGGACGACUCGCCGUCGGAUCUACUUGCUACCGGCGAAGACGACGAUGUUAUCUUUUAGGGGUAGUCUGGAGGACAGUAGGGGGAUGGGGAUGGGAUUCGAUACGAUACGAUGUGGUUUUAAAGUAAGGGCGAAUGGAAAGCUUUGUUUUGGACCUGAUGAAUUGCAUUGUUCGCCGGGUUGUUGUUGCUAUUGUCGUUGUCGUUGAUGUCGUUAUGUAUUGAUUAUUCCUCAUGAUACCAAUAGGUUAAAAAAUGACCUUGGAGUCUUUCGUCUUGCAUCAUAAACAUCUAAGUGAGGUAGUAUGGGGAUCGCGUAAUUCUCUACGUGCAAGACGUUGCUAAGACGUUGCUAAAUUAAGUACCUGGUUUACUAUCUCGGCUUUUUUACGUAUUACCUGCAUCCACGUCGAAUGCACAAAGGGUGUGAAAUAUCCGCUUAUCAUACAAACCUUCCCUUUCCUCCAGUACCACCACCACAACAACAAUUGCCGCCAACUCCAACUCCAACUCAGACCCAGACUCAGACUUACUGUCUCUGGUACGUGACCUUGAUAAACUUGUCGCCGAGCGCCAUGCCGGCGGUAUUCUCCUUGGCGGUGAUAGCGCCGGCCUCGGCCUCGUACUCGAUGAAGGCGAUCCCUUUGCGGCCGGGGACGAGGCGGACCUCGCGGAACCCUUCGAAGCGCCCGAACACGCCCGUGAGCGCCUCGAUGUCGUGGUAGUCGUCCGGCAGGUUCUGCACGAACAGGAUCUUGUUCGGCGGCAGGUACUCGUCCGGCACGACCGCGUUGGGGCCCGCCGCCGGGCC